CCCACUAGAUAGACGUAUUGGAGCAGCAGAGUUGUUUCAUCACAGAUCAAAAGGCAACAGGAGGUGGACACUCCUUAAAAUCACCUCUUUCUCUCGGUGCCAGUGGAGAGAGGACACUUGCUUCUAACAUGCCUCGUGUUUAGCUCAUACUAGCCUGUUUUCUGUGUGGCCAUUUCUUUCUAAAAAAGAGGUCAAACAACAACGUUUCAUCAUGAGGCCUCCGGUGGAAGUCAGCGUGUUGAUCCUUUCUCUGAUGGCUCCUGCAAUUUUGUUCACCAUGAACCACAUCCCUGCGCUUCAGGAACCUCUUCCUAUCCUGGGAAUGGAAAUGGUCGUCCUGGGAUUGUUUCUUCUUCUUCUCCACCUCCUCACUGGGCGAAACAAGAUGAAAGUGGACCCCUUAUUCUAUGUAUUUGCAGAGUUUUCCUUCGCCUGCAUGGUGGGCCUGACUAAUGCUUUAGAGCAGGAUGGGUUCAUCUCUGGCUUCAUGGGCUUCUACCUGAAGAUGGGUGAGCCUCAUCUGAGUACCGCCUAUGCUGUGAUGAUGUCGUACUGGGAAGGAAUCGUUCACAUGGUCCUCUUCCUCAACAUCAUCCACCGCAUGUUCAAAGGGAAGUCCUAUCGUAGCCUGGCGCUGCUGUGGGUGGGCUCCUCAAUUGCACAUCAAAUUGUUCACAUCCCAGGAGUGGUCAUUGGUAAAUACGGGUCUAACAUUCAACCACCCUUUUGGAGGAACAUUCCCUUCUUUUUGAUGCCUUUCUGGGCGGCCUCCGUGCUCUUCAGCCAACGCAGAGAGGUGCCUGUCAUCACAGCAGACAAGAUUUCAGUGGAGCAGAAGAAAGGUCUGCUGUCUCGACCUGUUGACCUGCUUCUGUCUCUUCUGUUGCUCGGAGCAAUGGCCUUCUCUGUUUUCAGAGGCUUUGUGGUGCUGGACUGUCCUCUAGAUGCCUGUUUCACCUACAUCUACCAAUACGAGCCCUACCUCAAAGACCCAGUUGGCUUUCCCCGGGUUAUGAUGAUGGUGUAUUUGUUCUAUGCUGUGCCCCUGAUGACGGUCUUCACUUAUGGUCUGCAAACACCUGGAUGCAGCUGGAUGUUGGACUUGACCCUCUUCUUCGCUGGCGCCAUGGCUCAGACCCAGUGGUGCCAUAUCGGAGCAUCUCUGCACUCUCGCACUCCCUUCACGUAUCGAGUCCCGGCAGACAAAUGGUGGCCUGUUAUCACCCUCAACGUGCUGCUGGCUGUUGUGCCGGCUCUGCUGGCCCUGCGUUGCCGCACCAACCCGGCUUAUUUUAUGAAACGUGUUCCCGAGGGACAGGCCAACGACGAGAAGAAGAAAAAGUAGACCACACACCUGCCACGGACUGUUGAGGAAUACUUCACACUGUGACAAGGUUAAUGUUUUCUGGGGACACAAACUGCAUUAAACACAAUUUUCAACCUAAGACCCAGAGAGGAACUGUCAAAGUCAACCGUUCAAACCUUGCACAGCACUCCCUGUAUGGACUAUUGGACCCUGAUAAGAAGGCUGUUGAUGGAGUGGAGGACUGUGAUCAGCUUUCAGGUGACUCAUGCAGACAUCCAGUUGGUAUCUUCCCAAUCUAAGACUAUUAACCUGGAUCCUGCAGUUUGGCAACUCGCUACUGGAGAUUAACAGUCAUCUUUGGGCAUUUUUCUAUGCAGAAAUUCACACAACAACUGCACAGCUUGAAGUUUAUGUUUACUGAUCUGAAAUUGACAGUCAGUGAAAAACUAUCACGGUUUUCAUUGUUUAAAAACUGAAUGUAAGAAGAUUCACUGAAUACUUAAAAGGAAUAACUAAGAGUUUUUGAUAAGGGAGAUAAUAGCAGGUGUUAUUCACGUGGAGAAUCUGAUGAAGGAAAAACUCUGGUGCCUUUAUAUUGUGUAAAAUAUUUGAUGAUCCAAUUUCCGAAAGCCCAGGGUGUCGUCUGCAAAUUGUUUUGUUUUGUUCGACCAACAGCUUGAAACACAAAUUCAGUUUACAAUGAUAUAAAAUGGAGAAAAGCCGCAAAUCCUCACACUGGAGACGCUGAAAGCGGAGAUUAUUUGGUGUAUUUGCAUGAUAAAUUACUUAAUUGAUUAUGAAAAUAAUUUUGUCCAUCAACUAAUCGAUUUCAACUCUAGUUGUGAUGCAUCUGAAUGUUUUUUAUGUUCCACUUUAUUUUGUGCAAUAAAAAUAAAUAAAAACUUGGGCUACAGAUCAUUUGAGCCAGAUAUUAACAUUA